CGGUCCAGGUACCAUAUAACCCUUCCACCCAGCCAGUCCCACCAGUCACAUUUUCAUCCACUCACUCAUGGAGGAGGCCCCACAGUCUAAUGAGGUGAUCAACCUCACCACGUUCAGAGGCCAGUAUUCCAUCUCUCCACCAAUUUCCAAUGGUGGGGACAACCGCAGGUUUGCUGUGGACGAGAACGGUGGUUAUGAUGUCAAUGGAAGAGCCUCUCGCAGUUCUGCGGUGUUGUCUGGAUAUGAUACAAUGGAUACACCGCCAAACUAUGACUUUUAUGCCAACACAGAAGUGUUUGGGAGGACACGGAAAAUAAGACCAUCUCUGUUCCAGCUUCAUUCCAACCCUGAGGAUGACUCCUCUCCACCUCCCCUGUAUGAGGAGACAAGUGGUAACAAGGAGAGCCCAGAGGAUGAGCUAGCAGAACCUCCUCCAGAGCCGACUCGCUUCGGUUGGGUACAGGGGGUCAUGAUUCGUUGUAUGCUCAACAUCUGGGGAGUGAUCCUGUACCUCAGGCUUCCCUGGAUCACAGCUCAAGCUGGGAUUGGUUUGACCUGGGUUAUAAUCCUUCUGUCCUCCUGCAUCACUGGAAUCACCGGCCUCUCCACAUCUGCCAUUGCCACCAACGGCAAAGUGAAAGGAGGUGGGACUUACUUCCUAAUCUCACGCAGUCUGGGCCCGGAGCUGGGGGGCUCUAUUGGACUCAUCUUUGCGUUUGCUAAUGCGGUGGCCGUGGCCAUGCACACUGUGGGCUUCGCUGAGACUGUACAGGCUCUCAUGCAGGAAAGUGGUACAAGCAUGGUGGACCCUUUAAAUGACAUUCGCAUCAUCGGUGUCAUUACUGUCACCUGUCUGCUGGCCAUUUCAAUGGCUGGUAUGGAGUGGGAGUCAAAGGCUCAGGUUUUGUUCUUCUUUGUUAUCAUGGUCUCUUUUGCAAACUACAUUGUGGGUACCAUCAUCCCAGCCACCCCACAGAAGCAGGCAAAAGGCUUCUUCAGCUACAGAGCGGACAUUUUUGCUGAAAACUUUGUGCCCAACUGGCGUGGGCCAGGGGGCAGCUUUUUUGGCAUGUUCUCCAUCUUCUUCCCCUCAGCCACCGGCAUUCUCGCAGGGGCCAAUAUCUCUGGAGACCUGAAGGAUCCCAAUGUGGCUAUCCCCCGGGGCACAAUGCUAGCCAUUUUCUGGACCACUGUGUCUUAUCUCAUCAUCUCAGCUACUAUUGGCUCCUGUGUUAUCCGAGAUGCCUCUGGUAGCCUUAAUGACACAUUAAUGUCUGGGCCUGGUGCUGAAGACUGCCUGGGAUUGGGCUGCAGCUAUGGCUGGAACUUUAGUGACUGCAUCACCAACAAGACCUGCACUUAUGGCCUUAGUAACUAUUAUCAGACUAUGAGCAUGGUGUCUGGAUUUGCUCCUCUGAUUGCAGCUGGUAUAUUUGGAGCUACUCUGUCCUCAGCACUGGCUUGCCUGGUUUCAGCACCCAAAGUAUUUCAGUGCCUGUGCAAAGACAGGUUGUAUCCGGUGAUUGGCUUUUUUGGGAAGGGCUAUGGGAAGAACGAUGAGCCAUACAGAAGCUACCUCCUAACCUAUGUGAUUGCUGUUUGCUUCAUUCUUAUUGCUGAGCUGAACACCAUCGCUCCCAUCAUCUCCAACUUCUUCCUGUGCUCCUACGCCCUCAUUAACUUCAGCUGUUUCCAUGCCUCCAUCACCAACUCUCCUGGCUGGCGUCCCUCUUUCCGCUUCUACAGUAAGUGGGCGUCUUUAGUGGGUGCUGUGGUGUCGGUCAUCAUCAUGUUCCUCCUCACCUGGUGGGCCGCUCUCAUAGCCAUAGGGAUAGUGAUCUUUCUGCUGGCAUACGUGCUUUACAAGAAACCAUCUGUAAACUGGGGAUCCUCAGUGCAAGCAGGCUCCUAUAACAUGGCACUGUCCCAGUGUGUGGGUCUCAACCAAGUAGAAGAACACAUAAAGAACUACAGACCUCAGUGUCUGGUUCUCACUGGGCCACCCAGUUUGCGGCCAGCUCUGGUGGACUUUGUAGGUACCUUCACCAAAAACCAGAGUUUGAUGUUGUGUGGAAACAUUGUUGUUGGAGGACCUUCACCUGAUGCUGUGGAUGCUGCCAACAGUAGCAGUCAUGUGGCGUGGCUCAACAAGAGAGGCAUCAAGUCUUUCUAUCAUGGAGUGGUUGCUGAUGAUCUGCGCACUGGAACCCAGAUGUUGCUGCAGGGUGCAGGUUUAGGUCGUAUCCGGCCUAACGUCUUAAUGUUGGGAUUUAAGAAGAACUGGACCAAGUGUCCACCAACCAGCAUAGAAAAUUAUAUUGGAAUUUUACAUGAUGCAUUUGACCUACAGUAUGGAGUGUGCAUUCUGCGGAUGAAGGACGUUCUUGAUUUGUCUUAUCAAAUGCAAGCACAUGUUAACCCAGGGUUUGAUCCAGCUACAGAACCAGGACUAGAUGCCAGAAACAUCAGCACAUCAAUGGAUCCUGAAUCGCUUAUAGCCAUGACUCAACCCAGCACCGUCUUUCAGACUAAGCAAGAAAAGAAGACUAUUGAUGUGUAUUGGCUGUUUGAUGAUGGAGGCCUGACGCUACUGCUGCCGUACCUUCUGAAGCGUAAGAAGCGCUGGGGCAGGUGUAAAGUGAGAGUGUUUGUGGGAGGAGAGAUUCAACAUGCUGAGGAACAGAAACAAGAGCUAACAGCUCUCAUCAGCAAGUUUCGCCUUGGAUUCCAUGAGAUUCAAAUCCUCCCUGACAUCAACGAGAAACCUCAGCCUGAACAUGUUAAGAAGUUUGAAGACCUGUUAGGGCCAUACAGGGCACAUGCUAUGCAAAAGAAUGGAGAAAGAGGUGCCCAGACCUUCAGUGAGUGUCCGUGGACAGUGUCUGAUGAAGAUUUUGAAAAGAAUUUGGCAAAGUCUUUCAGACAGAUCCGCCUUAACGAAGUCCUAAAGGACUACUCGAGAGAUGCUGCAUUGAUUAUUGUGACCAUGCCCAUAGGCCGGAGAGGAGCCUGCCCGAGUGCACUCUACAUGGCUUGGCUGGAGACCGUGUGCCGUGACCUGCGACCUCCAGUCCUGCUGGUCAGGGGGAACCAGGAGAAUGUCCUCACUUUCUACUGCCAGUGAUCAACCUGCCAAAAUCUUAUUAGCUGCAGCUGUGAAGUGCAGGACAGGAGACUGGUGGUCCCUCUAGAACUAUGGUUCAUAAUCUGGGGAUUCUGACGUAGUCCCUUGGAGGAGAGGGAUGCUGAUUUUAAACCCUAAAAAGGGGUUGCACAGUACAAAAAGGGUAUGAAUCCCCGUUCUAGAAAAUGUAAAAUAAGAUGGUACUCACUCUAGCACUUGAAUUUGUCUUUUUUAACUAAUGAACUGUUGCUAAAAUGUUUGAGUCAUUAUAGGACUGAUCCAAGUGAUGUAAUAUUUUAUUUGAUUCCUAUAAUUCUGUGCAAAAUAUUUCUAGAAUAUGUUAUAUUAUCUGAGAAGUUGAAGGUUUUGUUGUGUUUAGUAAUAUAAUUUUAUAACUCAGUUUUUUGACAAUAGGGGUGGUCUUUACUGUAAAUGUUUAGGUGGUGGACCCACUUUCAAUCCAGCAUUUACAUUAGCAUGUGUAAAACUGCCAGCAUUUACUUACAUUUUCUACGUACACCGGUUCCUCACACACUAGGAUGUCAGUUUUAUAUCAGAUGAAUUACUUGCGCAACAGCAGCAUUUUAACCAUAAACUGACCAGUAAUGGAAUUUGGAUAAGAAAAUGUACAGCAACAAAUAAUGUCCAGCCCAUAAACAGUGAACAUAGUAAAGUAAAAUCAGUAAUGUAUUCAUCAAAUGCAUUUUGUUAUAUUAAAGUGUAUUAAAAAUUUAA